UGUUCUACUGGAGAGAUUUUAACUUCCUGUGCCAUGACAAAAACAGGUAAUGAGAGGAAAUAUUCAGGUUGUCACCAUGUUCAUCAGAACCAGUGUCCCUACUGGAAGAUUUCUCCUCUAUUACUGUUCUGGGGACGACCCAUAAUUUGGGAUUUACUUUCAACUGCAGGGGCGGACUGACAACUCAUGGGGCCCCUGGGCAAUAGGGGAUCAUGGGGCCCCUGUGUCCUUGCCCAAAUUCAAAAAAGCCUAUGAAAAAGGUACCAGGGGCAUCUCAUGGGGCCUCCUACUGACCCUGGGCCCUCGGGCAGUGCAUGAGUUUCCAAAUGGUCAGUCCGCCCCUGCU